AUGCACGGAUGGAACAUAUACGCAGAUGUCAACGCGGGCGAUGAGAGGACGAGAGUGACCCCACAUGUUGAAGGCUUCACCAAUUCAAUCCAGUCGGCGUUUCCAUCCUGGCCACAUCCAUUACUUCUUCCAGUCAUAUUGCUCAAUGAGCACAUAUCCAGGGGCGAAGCGCUCAGAGACCAGAUAAUCGAGACUCUUCAGGAUAUAUCGGGGACUCUCGGGGUCACGGCUUCAGGGCGACUCAUCAACAUGGAGAUUACCGACUUUAAGCGCAUUCGAGAGCUCAUGAUACACCCUCAAGAGCGAAUCACUCUGACUGCUAGAAUCAAUACUACCAUAACCAAUGCCAUCAAUUGCUUGGAUGUGCUGCGAUGGAAUGCGCGAUGCCGAGAGCGUAUUGCAGCAUGUUUCCAGGAGAUAGAGUCAUCGCUUACAGAGAACGCAAAGAAUGGCCACAAAGAAUUGCUGGACUACUUUGCUUUCAUGGAUGUACAAGCCACUGAAUUGUCAGAUUUUGUAGAGUCACUCAAGCUGAGACUUGAGCUGCAAUUGAGUGUGUUGAAUAAUCUUGUCGCCCAAGUCGACAAUGAUGUCAACUAUGACAUGGCUAGGCUGAGCGUCAAGAUUGCGCAGGCUACCGGGUUGGACAGUACGGCAAUGAAGACCCUUGCCAUUGUGACAGCCGUCUUUCUCCCGCCGACAUUUAUAGCCCCCUCUCAGACUCUCUUUAGUAUGUCAAUGUUUGACUGGAGCUCGUCCGAGUCUACCGACAGCGACUCACCCCAAGUUGUCGCAUCGACGUUUUGGAUUUAUUGGGCGGUCAGCGUACCGUUGACACUACUGAUCCUUGUGGCCUUUAGACUCUGGUGGCGCCGACAGAAAGAUCGCUACGCCGAAAUGUACGGCAUGGAUAACAUUAGGGUGGAAUCUACUGAUACCGAUGCCUCAUACAUGAGGCCACAUUACCACAAGUACCAAAACGGCCUAGUUGGUCCUCACAAGUAUACAGUUCGUCCUCAUAGGUAUACGAUACGGCAAAAUUCGGAUUAG